AUGGAGAACAGGGUGCCUCCCUCGCGCCCGUCCACCCCUACUGCCGCUUACGAACAUGCCAUUGGCUCCACUAUGCCGGUCGACAUGAUUGAUUUGUCUCCGCGAUCAAUGAUGAAAAGCAAUCCACGCAAGCGCGCGAGGUCUCCUAUCAAUGAGGGACCUACAAUAUUGGCCGCCAAGAGAUUAAAACAGGAGCUCGAGCUCACCCCAAUCAACGGAAAGACUCCUCACCAUCCGGCGCGUCCUCAACACCCCUUAAUUUUCCCACACCAGGGACCAACACCGACAUCCAAGCAAUGGCAAUCUCGUGCGGAUCAGACUCUAACAGAGGGGCCUCAACCCAGUGGACUUACUCUCAAUCUGCUACAGGGAUCAUCUCGACGCAACGCUGUGGCGCGCCUGAUGCCCUCACCAUUUCCACGACACACCCGGGAGGAGGAAGAACGGCUGUUCAACGAAAUAGCUCAUUGGUACAAGCAGUUUCGUCUGCAGAUGUGGUCGCCGGUCGCUUCCAUGAUGGGGAUUCGCUGGGAACAGGCAGAAGAUCUGAGCUGGCAGAUUGGAAGAGCAGAGCUAGGUCGUCGGACGGCCCUUGACCAGUCCUCGACUGAUGGCCAGUAG